AUGCGCGUCCGUCGCCUUCGACCCUAUCUUUUCAAUGGCUUCAAGCGCUUCCAACGCGUCUGCCCUACGCGUCCAUUCGCCUCGUUUCCAUCUCUUUGCGCUGCCGAUGAACGCCGUGAUGUGACCCAUGACUACGAGAAGAGAGUGGCCCAGCUCAGAGCGCACAAAUCGCUCGCAGGAUGCUAUCCUAGGCUCCCUGAAGCGUUCACGAAGAAAUUGAGCUCUAGGGCGUUUCUAGAUUCAUCCUUUGAGGGAAUGAAGCCGGGCGACACCGACACGAGCGGGCAUGUGAGAAUGGCUGGUACGGGACAGGUAGGGUUUGAUCAUGGCCGGAAGCGAAGCUGAGUGUUCGUAGGGAGAGUGCGCUCGGUGCGUACAGCCGGCUCCAAGUUGCUAUUCAUCGACAUCCAGAAUGAGGAGGGCACACUUCAAACAGUGUGUCAGCUGAGCAAACUGCAAGAGCAAGACGACAGCGUGACACCAGAGGCAUUCAAGGCGUUCAGCAAAAUCAUUCGGAAAGGAGACCACUUUGCUGUGGUGGGCCAUGUGCACCGUACAGAACGCGGAGAGAACUCCCUGCUGGCGGUUGCGCUACCUCAGCUACUCUCGCCUUCACUGCACCAGAUACCGGAGCGUCUGGAAGACCGCGAAGCUCGAGCUCGAUCUCGUCACGUGAACAUGCUUGUGAACCCCGACGCCAUCAGAACUCUUCGAGUGCGGCACGAAGUCGAGGCGUGCCUACAAGCGUUCUUCAACGAUGAGGGCUUCAUCAAGGUCACGACGCCAGUUCUAGGGGCUGGUGCAGGUGGUGCUGCUGCCAGACCUUUCGAGACGGAAGCCACUGAACUGGCCGAUCAGAAACUCAACCUUCGCAUUGCACCUGAACUUUGGCUCAAGCGAUUGAUUGUAGGCGGAAUGGACAAGAUCUAUGAGAUAGGACCAGCAUUCCGAAACGAAGGAGUGGAUGCUACACACAACCCGGAGUUCAACAUUUGCGAGUUCUAUCAGGCAUAUGCGACCCUACAGGACCUCAUGAACACGACAAUAACGAUCAUAGAAGAUUUGAGACAUCGCUUCACCUGGCUCCAAGGAUCUGGAGCACUCACAGACUUGCCUGAGUUGGAGAUCUUGGGCAAAGACUUCGAGCAAGUAGAAUUCAUUCCUGGGCUGGAAGAGCGCCUCGACUGCUAUCUCCCGGACCUCCAAGCAGCUGACGCCCACGACAAGAUUCUGAAGAUCUUCGACGACAAACAGAUACCUACACCCUCGAAUCCAACUCUUCCUCGCCUACUGGACGAGUUGUCAGCCAAGUACCUCGAACCGCUCUCCGAUAAAAACCCGAUAUUCAUCACCAACCAUCCCGCUUGCAUGUCCCCUCUCAGCAAGCACUUUGUCUGCCCGAAAACAUCUCAGUUCGUCGCCGCACGGGCGGAACUUUUCAUCGCCGGCCGCGAAUAUGCGAACAUGUAUGAAGAAGAAAAUUCUCCCUUCGAGCAGAGGAAGAAGUUCGAAGAGCAGAUGAGGCAGAGAGAAGUUGACAAGGAGGCUAUGGAGCUCGAUGAAGGGUAUCUGAGGGCAUUAGAAUGGGGGCUGCCGCCGACUGGAGGUUGGGGGUGCGGUAUUGAUCGGUUGGUGAUGCUUUUCAGUGGGCGGGAGAGGAUGGCGGACGUCUUGGCUUUUGGGAGUUUGAGGAAUGUUGUAGGAUUGGGAAAGACAACAUGA